AUGGCUUCCACGAAUGCUCUGGCUCUUCGCAACAUACCUAGCCUUCGGACUCCUCUUCUCCUCAAGAAGCCAGAUGUUUUGAAGGCGCCUCGAUGUGUGUCAGGGUCCCGCACUAUAUUCGCGUGGGCAGAUAAGCCUCAGCAGCAGCAACAGCCGCAGCAACAUCAGUCGCAGCAGCAAUCGCAGCAGCAGUCGCAGGAUGAGAAGCAGAUGGUGCAACACGAGGCGACGCCAACUUCUGCGGAAAGGAAGGGGCAGGGGGACCUGGAAUCCCGUGCCGUCGCUCCCCUUGGGGCCUUUUCAGACCUAUUCGACCCGUUCUUCCCGGCGAACCGCUCGCUGACGGAGCUGCUCGACUCCGUGGAUCGCAUGUUCGACGACGCGCUCCUGCCGCCCAUGCCGCGCUUCUCCUCUCUCUUCCGCGCCACCUCGCCGCUCGCCGCUAGAGCCGCCGCGCGCCCGGGCGUGGCGGUGAGGACGCCGUGGGACGUGCGCGAGACGGACGACGCCUUCCACAUGCGCCUCGACAUGCCAGGUCUGUCCAAGGAGGAGGUGUCGGUGAAGCUGGAGAAUGGCGAUUUGGUGAUUCGCGGAGAGCACAAGGCGGAGGAGAUGGGCGGAGAGGAGGAAGAGGGACUUUGUGAUGCGCGUAUCGCCAAGUCCUACCAGAUUACUCUGGCCCUUCCCGACAACGUUCUGACGGAUCAGAUCAAGGCGGAGAUGAAGAACGGCGUGCUCACUGUCACCAUGGCCAAGGGCCUUCAGAUUGGAGCAGCCUUCCAGGUCGAGGUAGCGGAGGGAGUGGAGGAGAGCGAGGGAGGAGGGGAGGUGCAGGAGAGAAGGCAGGCGGCUGAGACGGAGGGAGGAGAGGUAGGAGAGGGAGGAAAGGUGAUCUGA